UAACAACUAAAAUUCAAAAUAAAGAAUGACGGCGUCGCACUAAUUACUCAAAAAAUAUUUUUUAAACGAUGGAAGAUCUACUAUUAUUUUCCAUUGCGAGACAAACAAUACGCCUGAUGGACCGUAUUAUUAAAACGGGUGACAUCAAUACGGGAAACUCUACUAUCCACUUCACUAACGUUUGACGAAAUUUUACAAGAAUUGUCGAGCAAUCGUCGCACCCAUCGCUUACAUUCAGUCCAAGCCCGGCUCGAAAGUGUCGUCGGCAUAUGCGUGUACUCACCGCUCGUACUACGUCCCCAAUGUGCUCUACGAACAUUCUUACCCACACUGUGAAAAGUGGAAUGCACAUGCACGGUGGGAAUAGCACCACCACAACUCUUUAUUUCUAUUCAUCGCCGUUCAAGAUGGAGAGAAAACAACGUAUGUUUUCUGUAAGGUGGUUGUAAAUGAGAAAAUCGACCGAAAGAACGUGUCCCACUAUUGAGACAGCGACUUCUUGAUGAGAAAUGGCGAAAUCUGUCUUGAGCUCGGACACACUGCCAAAGGCAGGCCGAGUAAACGAAGUGUGUCGUGAAUGGCUGGUGCAUGAAGACGGAGCUCUUGCGUACCGUCUCCAAGACGAAGAAAUUAGGGAACACUACACGGGCAACAAGAUCCGCAAUGCGCAAGUUAGGGAGGACUUACCAAGGGCCAAGGUUGAGCAGGAGUUGGAAGAGCUCAGAUAUCAGUCCUAUAUUCAACAGCAUAUUUCUGAUUUCAGAGAGGAAAGAGACGCCCUUGUUGCAAGACAGAUCGCAUUAUCUCUGGAACGAGAAGAAAGGCAGAGAGAACGAGAGUUGCAAGAGCAGAUGAGGCUGCAAUUGAGACUGGAUGACGAAGCUGCGCAGCUUGAAAUGAAACGACACAUUCAAGAAGUAAAAGACGAGGAAUUAGCGAAGAAACUGCAGCAAGAAGAAGAAGAAAAUGCUGUGGAUAAUCACGACGGCCCCGUUAAUGAGCAACUGCUGUUAGAUCAAAAAAUUGCGAUGGAGGCGCAGGAUGCGGAACUAGCGCGGAUGCUUCAAGAAAAGGAACGAGCGAAGAUAAGAAAAGCGAGACAGAGAGCAAGACAAAGGAAGCUAGAACGGCAGCAGCUUCAAGAAUUAGAGGAGCAGAAUCUUGCGGAGAAACCUCAACGACCUGACAGGCUAGAAUUGAAAGGCAAUACACAAGGCAAGACUAGAGUUCAGUCAACCUUAAAUUACCCACAGUAUCCUGAUCCUGAAGAGAUACAGACGCUGGACGAAUCUAGCGAAAAUGUAAGAGAGGUGCAAAACGUAGCUGCAAUUAUUGAUCCUACAUACAAUGGAAAUACGCAUAGAAACACUUCAAGUAGCUCAAGUAGCACAGUAAGUCCUACGUAUUCAUUGCCUACACCUCCGCAGGAGCUUAUGAAUGAUGAUGCUCCGUGUUACAUGCCUAUACAGGGACAACGAAGAAAUCAAAUGCAAUCCCCGUCCCAAACUCACGAAGAGAAACAUAAACGUCGAGUAAAAGAUGGUUGUAAACAGCAGUAAAGAUAGUCUAUUAAAUCUAUCUCUGUAUCUAUAAGAAAUAUUUUUCGAUAGGAUAUUUUCGUUGCCAUGAAGAGACGAUAUAUAAGUUACUUCUCAUAAGUUACGUAGAAAUUCUUACUGUAUAUGCAUCUAACUUGCAAAGAUUUUUCCAUUUUUCGUUCACGAAGAGAUAUACUUAACGAAAGCAAUAUAAAGAUAAAUGUGCCUUUUAAAAAGGUACGGUGUAAGGAAAUGAACAAAUAUCGAUAACUAAUUAGCAUUUGAUAACGAAUUACACCGUCCUGAAUCUUAGAUCUGCCUUUUUCCAUGUAUGUUUAUAUCGAACUCGAGAAUAUAUAUUAUACAAUGAUAUCAGAGAUUUUUAUAAAAAAAAAGAAUGAAGAAUAAAAGAAGUAGACAAUCAGAAUUAAGAUUAAAAAGAGAAGAUUAAUUGUAUCAAGCAGUGAUGUACAAAUAUCAAUCAUUUAGACUGAAUAUCAAAUGAUAUAAUUGAAAGAGAUUUUAAUCGAGUUUAUAUAUACAAUUAUUGCUCUCUAAAUUUAAUAUAGAUUUAACAUACGUACGAAUUUCCCAAGCUUCUUUUUUAAAGCAAAAUUUUUUUUUUUUUAAUUUUUAAUUAAGGCGCAGAACCUUGAGAAGAAUAUAUACUGCCAAAGAGGACAUUUGUAACGUUCAUUUUGUACCAGACAAAGUUUAGUAUUAGCAACGCAAGAACUUUUUUUUUCUUAAAUAUUCAAUACGCGUUAUAAAACAAGUGCUUGGUAAAUUAAACAAUUUUGUGUAAGCUUUACUUUAGGAGAUACUAUAUGAUCAUAAUACAAUUUUUACUGAUCUAUUAUAACGUAGAUGCGGCGCAAUUGUAGUAUUAUUAUUUAAUGUCGCUUCAGUAUUUAAGUUUAACUAGGUACUUAUUUAUGGUGAUUGGAAAUUUAUUCGAUAGCGAUAAUAUGUAUUAAUUUCUUUUUACAUUUAUUGUAUGAAUACAGCUAUACAUGGGUACAUUAAUAAAUUAUUUACAAAGUUA